ACAGCGACACUUGUCAGUGAUCGACUUUGCGAGAUGGAAGACUCAUCGGCGUACUGGAAGGGCCUAUGGCACGGCAUGCUGCUACUGCUCCCCGUGCUCACCUUCCUCUAUCGUAAGUGGAAGGUGGCUGCCGAGCGAUCGGCAGUGCAACAGCCGGUACUCGGAACGUCCUUCAUGAAUGAGUUGUUUGCGUUCGAGGUGGUGCUAGUCGCAGGUGCAGAGCUUAAGGCGGUGCGUGAUCAGCUCAAGGCCGCCGAGGAGGCAACACCAAUGAACGACAAGAAGGUGCAGGCGCUCAAAGAGCGAGUGGUGGACGUCGCCACCGUACUACAGAAGAAGUUGGAGACCAUCACGCCCAUCGUGUCGUUCCUGCUGGAGCAAAGCGUGGGCGUCAUUAAGGAUCACCACGCCAACACAUCGGAAGGUGAAGCAAACGACGAAUCCAAGAAGGACAAGUAAGAUAGCUCUGGCUUGCAUCGUAAUGUUACGAAGUCAAUUUGCACAAUGUUACGAAUAGAAAAGGAGAAUCUAGUAGAAGACGUAAUCGCUUUCUUUGUAUUGAAGUCACUCAAGGUCGACACCUACGCACCGUAGCGUCGCCCCGACGCUCUCCCCGAGCCACUAUCACUACAAAUGAAGGAGGUCGACACCGUCGCACCGUAGCGCUUCAGAUCCAC